AUGAAGACUGUCCUGAUUGCUCUCGCUACUAUCUGCUUCCUGCACUUCGGCGAAGUGCACUCCGAAGACAAGUACACAACGAAGUACGACGACGUGGACAUCAACGCUGUGCUGAACAGCGAGAGGCUUUUGAACGGUUACGUGAGCUGUUUGCUCGAUCGUGGUGCUUGCACCCCGGACGCAGUCGAACUGAAAAGUGAGUUUUCAUUUCUUUCACGAAUUACGUUUGAAAUUGCAGGAAACCUACCCGAUGCAUUGGAGCACGAUUGUUCAGCUUGCAGCGAGAAACAGAAGGAAAUCGCUAACAAAAUUUCGCAUUACUUGAUCGAUCACAAGGCGGAAGAAUGGAGUCUCUUGGAGGCCAAGUACGAUCCAACGGGGGCCUACAGGCAGCGUUACCUUCAAGACCGAGUCAAAGAGAAAGCUAUAGAUUAA